UGGUUACUGUUGUUGGCAGACUCAUGUAUUGUCAUCAAAACUCACACAAUUCAUUUUCAAUUUAUUUAAUUUUCUCUCUAGUUUUUAUCGUUUUAUUAUAAUUUUUGUUAUUACUAUUUAUGUUUUUCAAUUUUCUUUUCUUAUAAUUAAACCCUUAAAGUUGCUUAAAUUAUGAAUCGUGAUCCUAAUUAUAUGCCCGGCCCCAUGCCAAUGGGACCUAAUCCAAAUUAUCCAUCUCAGAUGGGUUUCCCAAUGAACUAUGGCUUCCCUGGAGAUCAAUCUUUCUUAAAUCAACAAUUAGGUAAUCAUAUGGCUCAAAUAUUUCAAGAUCAAGUUUCCCAAUAUUCGGACAAUCUUGUAUCUAAAAGUAAAACCUGGGUCGGUAAUAAUCUAAAAUACUAUUUUGCUGUUGAUACUGGAUAUGUUUUAAAGAAGAUACUUUUAAUAUUUUUCCCUUUCACACAUAAGGAUUGGUCACUUAAAUAUCGUAACGACGAGCAAAUUGCUCCAAGAGAUGAUCUGAAUGCACCUGAUUUAUACAUUCCUUGGAUGGCGUUUGUUACAUACAUUUUGGUUGCUGGUUAUUUGCUCGGUGUUAAUGAUCGCUUCUCCCCCGAGCAACUUGGAAUUCAAGCUAGCUCAGCCUUGGCCUGGUUAAUUUUUGAAGUUCUUGCUACUAUGAUAAUCUUAUAUUCUUUCAAUCUCAUGUCUGCUUUCGGAUUUUUCCACGUAUUAUCACUUAGUGGUUACAAAUUUGUCCCUAUGAUAGCUGCCUUACUCAUUGCUUUACCUUUUUCUUCUAUGGGUUAUUACAUUUCACUUGCUUAUGGUAGCUUAGCGCUUUGUUAUUUUCUUAUUCGCAAUAUCCAUAUGGCCAUUGAAACCUCACCAGCAACCCAAGGAGGAGGUCGUCAAAGCACCAUAAAAGUUAUAUUCUUUUGUCUUGUUCAACCUCUUCUAAUGUAUCAUUUAACUAAACAUUUCGUUGUCUGAGUAAAACUUAUACCUGAAAAGAAAUCAAAAGAAAAACAAAAUAUUUAUAUUUUCCAAAAAUCAAUUAUGUGACGUACUAAAGCAGAAAUUCAAAAAAAACUAAAA